GCAAACGUCAAAGCCAGAGCGUAAGUGUACGGAGCACAGUUUUCUCUAACUUUGCAUUCAGUAAUCUGCGUACAUGUUAAACGUGCAGAGCAGGUAGACGAAUAGUCUCCUGACCUGAGGUUUGUUGACGGUUCCUGGAAUAAGCAGAAUGUGCUCUAUGACAACGUCAUGCUCUAGAAUGUGAGGCGUGCACUUCGAAGUGUUUCACGUCUCGGUGUUGAGCUUCCAUCGAGGGAAACGGGUCUGUGCUUAACAGCUGAAAAUUAGAAAAAUCAGAUGCCUAUUAGAUAUGCUGGAUUCACAGAGCAGUUUGACAUCUUAGUUUUAAAAAAUCCCACGAUCUUAAAGCGUUCUUUGUGCCCGUUCCUUGGGUGAAGUGCACCUGAUUUUUUUCCCUCCACCUGCCCAUGGACAGUCAAGCCUGGCUGGAGUCCUCCCUGCAGCGCUCUGCCAGUCUGGGCUUGGAGGUGCUGCAGCGAGCCUCCAGGCGGAAUGUGGACUGGGCGAGCACUGCAUCCCAAAACCGCACUAUGGCAGAUGAAGACACAGAUAUAGCUGACGAGAGAAAUCCCACAGAGCUUGAUGAUGCCUUUGCAAAAAUCGCUGAGUUCAUGGCACAAACCACUAGUCAUUGCAAAAGAUUUUACAAGUCUGGUUGUUGCACGCAGCCCAGUGAUAUUGAAAAGAACCACAUGUCCAGGUUUCACACACAGCCAGCAUCUGCAAAGACAUCAGCUGCGCUACCAACCAGGAAAUGCAACAAAUACCAAAACCGUGUGUCUGGAUCCAGUGAGGACUUUUAUAUCGAGCUUUCACCUGGAACAUAUGCCAUCACUGCCAGUGUGGCAGAGUCACAGCAGCAGACUCAGCUGGUCAGUGUUAAAGCUGGGGAGAGUGUCAACCUCACCUUUGACCUCUGACCCCUCAGCUGACCAAACCUGUGUCACUUCAAUAACAACUGACCAUUGCACAUGCUCUUUGUUUGUUUCUUGCUUCUUGUAUAUAGAUUUUUGCAUUAAGAGUUUACAUUUUAUUUUACUGUAAUGCACUUAAACACAUUCUUACCUGCACUAAGACCACAUCAGUGUAUUGAAAUAAAAUA